ACAUUGGUAUCCACCGGAUAAAAGGACCCAUUUAAUCGGUCGAACGCUAUGUAUUGACUUCCUGCGACGUGACUCCGUCGUCCGUCGGGUCGUCAGGUGAGCAUCGUCCAUUAGCAGCUCAUCAGCCGAUGCAACGGACGUACAUAACAGCUUUCUCUGCGCAUUAACAAAUCAUACAUCAUAAUGCAUAAACGCUCGCGAGCCGCACAAAGACGUAUCGCAUAGACCGUGUUUUCUCGAUACUUCGUUGAUUCGAUUCCGUGGGGCAUAUGAUGGUCUGACAUGUCUCGGGCGCGGGAGCAGCGCGCGCUGCACGACUUCGACCAGCUGGCGGGGCUGCGGCGCUCGUAUGCGCUGGAGCACCUGGCCACCUUCACUGUCACCCGGGAGACAGGCAUCGUCUACCCCGCGGAUGGCAUGAGAAGGCUGCUGCAGCUGGAGAAGACUAAUGGAAUAUGGAGCCAAAAAAUGCAGUUAUGUUUAGAGGAUCAGUGGGUGCUUGUCAUGGACUACGAGACCGCGUCGGUGAUGGAGCGCUUUCCGGCGGCGUGGGUCCACUCCCCUACCGCGUUCACCUCCCCCGAGCCCGCGGAGCUGUACAAUAACGUGCUGGCCUUCGUGGUGGGAGACCCCGAUGCUGGAGCGCCAGGCGCGCGCCGCGAGCUGCACAUCUUCCAGUGCCAUGACGUCGCCGCGCAGACGCUCGUCGAGGAGCUCAACGCGCUCAAGGGCGUUGGAAGUGGCGGCUCUGAAGGAGGACGUGACUUCGUAAUAGAGAGGGAAAGAGAAAGAGAACGGGAAAACGAGAUAGAAAGACCGAGGAGACAACAAAUGUCUGCACAGCUGGGCAGAGGCGAACGAGGAGGCUCCGGGGGUGAGAGGGACGACGCAUCGUCCACCGGCUCCGAGCGACUGUACGAGCAGGACAUAGCCAUAUUGAACAGAUGUUUCGACGACAUCGAGAAGUUCAUAGCUCGUCUGCAGCACGCUGCAGCGGCAUCCAGGGAAUUGGAACGCCGAAGACGCUCCAGAGGAGGCAAAAGGAGCGCUGGAGCCGGAGAGGGAAUGCUAGCACUCCGCACCAGACCACCGCCAGAGAGAGAUUUCGUCGACGUCCUACAAAAGUUCAAGCUGUCUUUCAACUUGCUGGCGCGUCUCAGGGCACAUAUACACGACCCAAAUGCACCAGAACUGGUCCAUUUCCUCUUCACGCCGUUAGCUCUGAUCGUGGAUGCGGCGGGGGAUGCUGCGGACGGAAGAUUGCCAUCUCGUGUGGUGCAGCCUCUUCUGACCAGGGAUGCUCUGAAUCUUUUGGCAAAUUGCGUCACCAGCAAAGAAACUGAGCUGUGGCAUUCUUUGGGAGACGCAUGGCUUAUACCCAGAGAACAGUGGAAAACAGUAAUACCACCUUAUCAACCCGUGUUCAUGGACGGGUGGUCACCAGACUACCAGGUCGACGAUCAACCUUUGAGGAGAUCAUCUCCCAGACGCGCGGAGCCGGUAAAGGAUGUCCGGGAGGAAGACCGGGAGAGGGGGGAAAGAUCUGAUGCCUACGGCUAUGACAGAGAGGAGGCGGAUCUAUAUGGUGAUCAGUACGCUCCGUAUCCAAGGAACACGCGACCACUGACGCGGGAGGACUCUGGUACAGCGGCGUCCUCUCCUGACCGUGAGCCACCGUACCGUAGCGACAGAGAUGAAGAUGACCUUGGCGAGGCUUGGGCUCGCGGCGUGGCGGCGCGCGGCGGGCGCGUGGUGCGCGUCACCUACCCCCGCACCGCCAACAACGACAAGGAGCUCACUGUCGUCCGCGGGGAGUACCUCGAGGUCCUGGACGACUCCCGUAAGUGGUGGAAGGCGCGCAACAAGCGCGGGGUGACGGCGCACGUGCCACACACCAUCGUCGCCCCCGCCGCCUCCCCGCCGCCCUCGCCCCGCCAGGACCCCCAUCUCUACCCCAACCCCAUAUACACACACUACCAGGACGGAGGCCGAGGGUCCGGCGGCAGCAGCCCCACUGGAGCACCGGAGGAGAAACCAGUGCCGCCCCCGCCGCCGCCGCCGCCCCCUCCCAUGCCCGUCGCACCAGUACCAGCGCCCACCAAAACUGAUACCAUGAAGUCCACAAAGUCGGUGGCCAGCACUGGUACGCUGCACGAGGAGCUCAAGGCGGUCCUGCCACAGAUACAACAACGGAAACUCGACAUCAAGAAGACACCGGACAUCUUCAUACAUCAGAAAUCCAACCCAGACGAGGUCGUUGAAUGGUUGGAAGCGAAGGGUUUCAGCAGCACGGCGCAGAAACAGCUGCGCGUGCCUGGUCACCAGCUGUUCUCGCUGUCACGAACCCAGCUGGAGCGGCUGCUGGGACAGGAGGAGGGCAAGCGCCUGUACAGCCACGUGUUGGUCCAGCGAAACGUGUCCGGGUACAAGACCACGUCCGCCUCCGAGCUACAGAGCAUCCUAAGGAAGGCCAGGGAGAAGGUGGAAGUGUCCUGACCAGCGCCAGAAUCCUGACCAGAACACCAGUCAGAACAGUCAACGGGACAGACAGCGAUGAAGAAGUGUCGUUCUGUUAGCCUGACAAAUUCGUUCCUAAUUUAUACAAUAAAUAUAUACUUUUAU